UUGACCUCAACGGCGUCGUUUUGGCGAAGUUUGGUUUCUUUAAAUAUGGUGGCAUUGGUAUUAUCCAUGUGCUUCAAAUUUUGGGUUUGGGGGGUUUUGAGGCUUGAAGGGCGCGAAAAUCCAUAUGAGGAGCUUGGCGGGUAUAUGGGUGUUGCCGAGUUGCAGUAAAGUUUCGAGCUUUAAUGGCAGACUCAUUAGCUCCAGCUUUGCUUCGAGAUUUGGUGGCCCAGAUACUCCAAACUACGUCGUUUUGAAGUCUUCUCCGGUGGCUGCUGCUGCUUCAGUCAGCGGCUCCGGUGCCCAGUACUCCGGUUCUGGGGGAUUGCUUGGUGUGCAAACUAAGGAGGAGAAGAAGAAGGAGGGAAUAGCUGGGAUUGAUCAAGAUGAACUGGUGGAGGAUCCAAAGCUUUUAGCUGACCCAGAUAGUUGUUUCUGUGAGUUUAGUGGAGUGGAGAUACAUCAUAAGGUAUAUGAAGCACAAUUGAAGGUGCAUGAGACUGAGAGUGUCUCAAGUGAGACUAAGACUGUUGGUCUUGCUAUGAUCUUGUUGCAUGGGUUUGGAGCCUCGGUUUUCUCUUGGAAACGGGUUAUGAAGCCGUUGGCCGAGGCCAUUGGUUCCAAAGUUCUGGCGUUUGAUAGGCCGGCGUUUGGGUUGACAUCUAGGGGAAACUCUGUCAGGCAUUUAUCUUCUGGAAAUGGGGAAUCCAAACCUGUGAAUCCGUAUUCCUUGGCAUUUUCAGUGCUUGCAACCUUGUAUUUCGUUGAUUUUCUGGCAGCUGAGAAGGCCAUUAUAGUGGGGCAUUCAGCUGGUUCUCUUGUAGCAGUUGAGUCAUAUUUUGAAGCACCGGAACGUGUGGCUGCUCUAAUCCUUGUUGCCCCAGCCAUUUUUGCCCCAAUUACAACCCAGAAGGUUGACAAGGGAUCUCAACCUGGAACAAAUAACCAGACAGAAGAAGAAGGCUCAAAUUCAGUUGAUAAUGGGAAUCCAUUUGUCCAGUUCUCUAAGGUUCUGUCCAAAUUUGCCAGAUUUAUUUCACAGGCAAUUAUGGGAUUGGUGAAAGGGAUGGCAGUUAUGCUCAACUCUUUGUAUAAGAAAUUCUUGUCGGUUCUUCUGCGCUCUGCUUUUGCGAUAAUGCUGGUAAGAAUGGCAAUCAAUAAAUUCGGUAUCGCUGCUGUUAGGAAUGCAUGGUAUGACUCGAAGAAAGUCACUGAUGAAGACAUCAGUGGUUAUACAAAGCCAUUGAGGACGAAGGGUUGGGAUAAGGCACUUGUGGAGUACACGGCAGCAAUGCUCACAGACACUUCAUCUGAAUCAAAGCCACCAUUGGCAAAGAGACUCUGUGAUAUCAAAUGUCCCGUUCUGAUUGUUACGGGUGAUACUGACCGAAUUGUCCCAUCAUGGAAUGCGAAGAGACUUUCAAAAGCCAUACCAGGGUCUUGCUUUGAAGUAAUAAAGCGUUGUGGGCACUUGCCACAUGAAGAGAAAGUUGACGAGUUUGUUUCAAUAGUUAAGAAAUUUCUACAAACCGCUUAUGAUGAUUCUCCGCAGGAGCAAUUAGGAGUUAUAGUUUGAAGUUUUUCUCCUAUAUGGCUAUACACCAUGUUACCAUGUCAUGAACAACAUGUGGGUUUGACCAAGCAUCAAAAUAUCAGUAUAGAAUUUAUUACUUCUGUUGUAUAUCACUGUAAUACUAUCAGAGAUGAAACUUCUGGUGCUUCAGUCAUUCAGAUGCCCAAUAGCUGUAUUAAACAACAAGAUUAGAAACUGCGAUCUUCUUUUACUGUUUACUUAAUGAGCAAUUUAUAGUGAUUUUGACAAUC